UUCCCAUAUUAAAAAAGAAAGAUUUUUUAUCUUGUUUUUUCCGUAACAGGAUAUGUUAAAUUUUGGGUUAUAAAAGGACCAUAUCGCAUCGUUAUUGAUGGUGUUCUUAUUUUUUUUUUUUUAAUUUUGUAAAUGACUGUCGUUUUCGGGCUCAAAAAUCUGCUCUUUACUACAUUCGCUUAGUGGGUUUGAUUCAACUUGAAGUACGGACCCUGAAUCUCCUCCCCUUCGUAGAAAGAAAGGCAUUUCCAUUUCUUGAAUCGUGCUUAAAGCAGUUUGGAAAUCUUAGAGUUCUCUGCAAGUUUUCAUUUUUAAGUUCAGUUUUUUUUUUUUGUUUUUUUUUUCUGGGUUUUCUUCAACAGGUGCUUCCUCAUCUUCCCUGUAAUCAGAUUAGGACCAUUCAACCAGAAAAAAGCAGAUUUUCCGGUGAUCGGAAAAAUUGGAUUAAGAGGAAAGAGUUGUUGUCGUCUUUAAAGGGAUUGGAUUUGUUGGGAAAAUUUUGACGGAUUCUCAGGGUUCAUAAUAUCUCGGGAAUUUGGGUUUCUACAAUCUCAGUUUUUAUAGGGAUUUCAUUCGACUCAGACCUUAAAAGAGUUACUUUUAUUUUCCCUAUUUUCAGGAACUUUGCUGAUUAUCCCUUUACAAUUCGCUGUCCAAAAUAACAAAAAAUAGAAAUCGCGUGGACCGAUUUCUUCUCAUCUCAUCACCUUUAUAUAUAGCUCUCCAAAGAUCAAUAUAUAGAAAUCCUCUUUUUUUUUUUCUUAAUCUUCUCUCUACCUCUGCUUCGUGGGUGGGGGGAGGAGGUGGGUGCUGGGAAAUCUCUUUCUUCUUCUUCUUCUUCUUCUCUCUCUCUCUCUCUCUCUCUCUCUCUGUCUCUCUCUCUCUCUCACACACACACACACAAUGAUUUUUGAAAGAGGGCCAACUCAAUCGAACCUCGAAUGCUUUCUAGAAUGUACAACUCCAAUCGUCCGGUCACAAUUUCUACCGAAGACGGCCAUGAAAACCCUUAAUAAGCUUUGGCAUCCUUGGGAAAGAGACACAGUUGAGUAUUUCACAUUGGAAGAUCUCUGGAGUUGUUAUGGUGAAUGGAGCGCUUAUGGUGCAGGAACUCCAAUAAUUUUGAACAAUGAAGAAACUGUUGUUCAAUAUUAUGUUCCUUAUCUCUCUGCAAUUCAGAUUUUCACAAGCAAUGCAACCUUAACCCGGUUCCGGGAAGAGUCUGAAGCAGGGGAUUGUGAAACUAGGUGUUCUUUCAGUGACUCUUGCAGUGAUGAAAGUGAGAGUGAGAAGAUGUGGAGAUGGGAUGGAAAUUCCUCUGAGGAAUGUGGUUUUGAGAGAGAAACCCUUUGGCAUCUUAAUGAUCGGUUGGGUUAUCUUUACUUUCAGUACUUUGAACGAUCUGCUCCUUAUGGAAGAGUUCCUCUCAUGGAUAAGAUCAAUGGAUUGGCAAGAAGAUAUCCUGGACUAAUGACUUUGAGGAGUGUUGAUCUUUCCCCAGCCAGUUGGAUGGCAGUUGCUUGGUACCCAAUCUAUCACAUUCCCACUGGAAGAACCGUGAAGGAUCUGUCCGCAUGUUUCCUCACCUACCACACUCUUUCAUCUUCCUUCCAAGAUAUGGAACCAGAAGAAGAGAUGGGAAGCUCCAAAAGAAAGCGAAAGGAAAGGGAAGGCAUUGCUCUCCCUCCCUUUGGGCUAGCCACUUAUAAGAUGCAAGGCAAUGUGUGGGUCUCAAGCAGUGAGGCUGAGGCUGAGGCUGAGGCUGGUGGUGGUGGUGGAGGAAGUGGUCGGGACCAAGAGAGGUUGAUGUCAAUGUUGAGUGCUGCAGAUUCGUGGCUAAAGCAGCUAAGAGUGCAACACCAUGACUUCAGCUAUUUCACAAGGAAUCGCCAUGGAUGAACCGAUCAAGUAUAUAUAUAUGUCAAUUAACAUCACCAACAAAGCCUUUUCCCUUUCUGGUUCAAACUACUCCGACCCCAACUUUUAACUUUACUAAGGAAAAUACAAAACAAAACAAAAUGGACGACUACUCUGCGGUUGAUUUGCUUUUUGAUGGCUGUUGAUUCUCGUCUUUUUUGGAGUUAUGGGAUCCACUUUGGGCCCCACUUCGGCUGUGAUUUGAUUGGAGGGUAUAUUCUAAUUGGGUGGUCUCUUUUCCUCUUUUUUUAGUGUUUGGUCUUUGAGGGCAUAUGUUCUUACUUUUCCCCAAGAUUGUGAGUUGAUUUGAGUAGAUUUGAGGUUGAGAGAGAGAGAGAGAGAGGCCUAUGGGGCUCCCUAAGAUGUUCUUAAUUGGUGAAGCCUAUGGAAAAAGACAGAGAUGCCUUCUUGGUUCAAGAGAAGAAAGGGAAUUUCAUUCCCUACUACAUGAAUAUGACUCUUGCAUUUGUGUAUCAA